UUCCGCUCUGGCCGGAAGUUAGGAGCCGGGCCCGGGCGUCUUGGGGAUAGAUCUUGAGCCGCUCCUCCGAGGUGCUGUGUAGAUUUGGUGCGUUCACCCCGGCCCGGGCCUGAUGGACCGAGAGACGCGCGCCUUUGCUGAGCGCUACAUCCAGGGCCGUAAGGGUCAGGUCUUGAGCGGCGGCAGCUGGGCCCACGACCGCGUGGCAUACAUUGAGAAACCCGACGCCUUCUCCUACGCUGAUUUCUUCAAGGGCUACCUGCUGCCCAACCUGCCCUGCGUGUUCUCUAGCGCCUUCACCGAGAGCUGGGGCAGCCGGCGGCACUGGGUGACACCUGCGGGAAAGCCCGACUUCGACUAUCUGCUCCAGAAAUACGGAGAUGUAGUUGUUCCAGUUGCAAACUGUGGGGUCCAGGAAUACAACUCGAACCCCAAAGAACACAUGCCCUUUAGAGACUACAUCAGUUACUGGAAAGAGUACAUCCAGGGGAACUACUCCUCUCCCCGGGGCUGUCUCUAUCUCAAAGACUGGCACCUGUGCAGGGACUCCUCAGCAGAGGAUGUGUUCACCCUUCCCAUAUACUUCUCAUCUGACUGGCUGAAUGAGUUCUGGGAUGCUCUAGACUUGGACGACUAUCGCUUUGUCUACGCCGGACCCAAGGGCACCUGGUCCCCAUUCCAUGCUGACAUCUUUCGCUCCUUCAGCUGGUCAGUCAACAUCUGCGGGAGGAAGAAGUGGUUAUUCUUUCCCCCAGGCCAAGAGGAAGCACUGCGAGAUUGUCAUGGUGGCCUGCCCUACGACGUGACCUCUCCCACGCUUCUCGACUCCCGCCUGCAUCCCAUGCGACAGCAUGGUAGCCUACCCCUGGAGGUCAUGCAGGAGGCGGGCGAGAUGGUGUUUGUGCCUAGUGGGUGGCACCACCAGGUCCACAACCUGGAUGACACCAUCUCCAUCAACCAUAACUGGGUCAAUGGUUGUAACCUGGCCAACAUGUGGCACUUUCUGCAGCAGGAGCUCCAUGCUGUACAGGAGGAGGUCAGCCAGUGGAGGGAUUCCAUGCCUGAAUGGCACCACCACUGCCAGGUCAUCAUGAGGUCCUGCUCAGGGAUAAAUUUUGAAGAAUUUUACCACUUCCUCAAGGUCAUUGCUGAAAAGAGGCUCUUCAUCUUGGGGUGUGGGGAGACCAGGGGUGAUAUGGAUGCUGGUCUGGGCCCCGAACAGGCUGCUUUUGAUGUUGGCCGCAUUGCAGAGGUGCUGGCAUCUGUGAUUGAGCACCCUGACUUUCAGAGAGUGGACACCAGUGCCUUUUCACCUCAGCCGGAAGAGCUGCUGCGACAGUUGGAAGAGUCUGAAUUGAUCAAGUUGGGGCAAGGAGCAGAGCCAUGGAUGGUAGAAGAACCCUCAAACCAGAGCCACCCAGGACAGGACACAUCCUCACAGAAAAUUGAAGAUUUGAUGGAAAUGGUGAAAAAGCUUCAGAAAGUGGGAAGCCUAGAGCCUCGGGUUGAAGUCCUGAUUAACCGGAUUAAUGAGGUUCAGCAAGCAAAAAAGAAAGCCAGUGAGGAGCUGGGAGAAUCCCGGACUGUCUGGGAGGCCCUGCAGAAGGAACUGGACUCAUUGCAUGGUGAAAAAGUACGCCUGAAGGAGAUCUUGAACAAAAAACAAGAGACCCUGAGGAUCCUCCGUCUGCACUGCCAGGAGAAAGAAAGUGAGGCACAGAGGAAGCACAACAUGUUACAGGAGUACAAGGACAGAAUUUCUGCAUUGAACUCACAAAUCGAGGAAGAGAAGAACAAACAGAGGCAGCUGAGAUUGGAAUUUGAAGAACAGCUGGAGGAUCUGAUGAGCCAGCACAAGGACCUCUGGGAAUUCCAUAGACCGGAGCGGCUGGCAAGGGAGAUUUGCACCCUAGACAGCAACAAGGAGCAACUGCUCAAAGAAGAGAAACUGGUUGAGGCAAAGUUGGAGGAUGUGAAGCAUCGGCUCUGCUCUCUGUUUGGGGCUGAGGGCCCCUCCACUGUCACUGAGGGACUUUUCCUUCGCAGCCAAGAGGCUGCAGCUGCAGUGCAAUUGUUUGAGGAGGAGAACAGGAAGGCUGAGGAGCUUCUGGCUACAGCUGCCCAACACCACAGGCAGCUGCAGCAGAAGUGCCAGCAGCUGCAGCAGAAGCGGCAGAGGCUGAAGGAGGAGUUGGAAAACUAUGGUGUGCAGGUCCCUGCUCAAGUCCAUAGCAUGCAGGAGGAAGGAAUUGGCCUAGGAGAGGUGGCUAGUCCUAAACCUCUAGGAGUCCAUGAGGAAAAAGACCAGGAGCCAUCUACGGUACAGGGCCUCAUGCCUGCCUAAGCCAGGAGGAUACAUACUGCCUGAAACUUACCCAAGGGGUUAUGGAAAAUAAAGUUGACUAUUUUGGUAUAAUCUUCCUCAGCUGACUCUGUACUGGGGGAGGGGUGAGAGUUGGGCCUAGACUGAAUGAAA